CUUGAAGGAGGAAGCGGUGUGCAAGGUGGCAGAGAAAGACGACAAAUGUAGUUAGUACCUGAAAACUUAAAUUGUCUGCCUUUGAUGAGGCUUGAAACAAACCUGGAAAUGUAGGACUAUCACGCCCACAAAGCUAUGGGGCUGAGAGAAUCCAAACUUUGCUUCCUUCCUUACGAGGAAGCGGUCAAACGAGUAACCGAUGAAGAGAUGCAAAGGUUACGGCUUGCUUUUAAGCGAGCUUCUGGAGUCAGUGGACUUAUGGUCGAGACGUUAUUCGCUCGUGAAGUUCUUGGUGAUUGUGUACCAGUUCGAGUUGCUGAGCAAAUUUACACUGCCUUCGGAGGAACAACUAAAGGAAUAAACUUUGGGAAUUUACUGUGCGGACUUGUGUUGUUGACAAGAGGGACUCGCGARGAAAAGAUAAAAUUUUUAUUUAAUGUGUAUACAAGUGAUGGUGUUCAUGUGACGAAAGAAAGUCUAGAAAAUGCCAUUAUUGCAAGCGAUGGAGGAAUUGUUAGUGCCCAAGUUAACGAAUGUUUUUCUGUGAUCGACAAAUUAUCCUUUGAUGAGUUUGCCAAAUGGCUGUCAAGAAAUCCAGAUGUGACAUCACUGUCAAGAUGGCUCUUAAUCAUUGGUAAUGGCUGCAGCGUGCAAUUAACAGACAGUAGUGAAACUCCAACCUUUUAUCAAACUCUGGCUACCGUUACACAUCUGCAUGAAGCUGACAUCAUUGAGCUUGAAAAGAAAUAUUGGUAUCUCAAGUCAACAUCAAAGACUGGCAAAUUUGAUUUAGAGGCAUUCACAAGACUUGUAUCACCGCCAAUACCAAGUAUUAUCUGUCCAGGUUUAUUUAAAGCAUUUGAUGAAAACUGUGACAACCAUAUUGACUUCCGAGAAAUGGCAUGUGGGAUYUCAGCYUGUUGCAGAGGAACAAGUUUAGAAAGGCAUCAAUUUUGUUUCAAAGUAUUUGAUACUGAUGGAGAUGGCCUCUUGUCAAAGGAUGAAAUCACUGUCAUGUGUCAAACUCUGUUGGAAAUAAGGAGAGAUAAUAACCCUGAAAAGGAUACAAAUAACCAGUUUUCUGAAUCUGAUGCRUUUUUAAUGACUGAAGAGAUUCUAGCAAACUGUGGAAAAGAAAAAGAUGGAAAAAUCAGCUUAAAUGAAUAUCAGCAGUGGGCCGAUGAUCAUCGUUUCUCAUUGUUCUUCCCCAAACUGUUAGUUCAGGUAUGCCAUAUUGUACUUGGUCUUAAACCAGCUUCAAGAGAAAUAGAGCUGCAAGUUGCAAAAGGAUGGAUUGAAAGAGAGAACCAACAAGGCUUAAAACCUGGAUCUGUUUGGUACCUUGUGUCAAUGUCKUGGUGGCGUACAUGGAAAGAGCAUGUCAACUACCAGACAAUGAGGAGGUCCUCAACAGGGUCCAUGAAACGAAAUGGUGCUCCACCUACCAAAACCACUCAAGUCCCUCCUACCCCCAAGACAAGUGUUAACUCUACAUGGAGUUAUGAUUCACUGAAGGCUAAGACAAUAGGUCGACGUGAGUCACACCCUGUGUUUAGUAAUAAGGGCRUGUCUCCUGCUAAUGGUUCCAUUAACGGGCAUUGUAUUCCUGGUAAUGAUGCAGUAAUGGUUGGACCUGGGCAGAUUGAUAAUACAUCGCUGAUUGAGACGGAAAACAGAAAGAUACCUAUAUUAACAGGAGAGGGAGGCAAGCUUAAACGUACUGUACCUCUAAGUAGAGGCAGAGAUUUUGAAAUUAUACCAGAUCCUGUCUGGAAGGCCUUGCUGCUGUGGUAUGGUGGUGGACCAGCUUUACCAAGAACUGUUAUUGUCCCAAAACAUGGCGAYUCAACACCUGAACUGGAGCUGUUUCCYAUMAACCUCAAAAUAUUCCGACAUGCACCACCUCCAACCAGAGGUGGCAUCACGACWUGGACUGGUGUAGGYUUUGGRUUAAGCUCAUUUGGSUUUGGUAACAACUCCAUGACAGCUACUCAUGCACCUCCAAAGAAGUAUUUAGCCUUCUUAGCUGCAUUCAGUCGUAUCAACACUUUACAGCAGGUACUGGAGUACACCAGCGGYCGAUUACGGAUACGYGUGGAAGACCUUAGGCUAUGGAUUAUGGAAGAUGAUAAUACUUUAACAUUAUUGGAAGAGGAUGCCAAGUCACUGGAGGACCUUAACAUCAAUGAUAACAUGACUCUAUUACUAGAAGUGCGUAACAGGGACAUGAGCUGGCCUGAAGAGAUGUCCUCUUUAGCUUCAAAUAAGAGUUUGAAAGAAAAAUUAAACAAUGAGCCCACAGAGAAAGGAGCCACUGGAUUGAGUAACCUUGGCAACACAUGUUUUAUGAACUCAGCUUUACAGUGUCUAAGCAAUACACAACCUCUUACACAGUACUUUACCAAUCGUUGUCAUUACUACGAACUAAACAGGACCAAUCCACUUGGUAUGAAGGGYCAUAUAGCUCGACGAUAUGGAGACCUUGUAGAAGACUUGUGGAGUGGGAGUUCAAGAAGUCUUGCACCACUCAAGCUUCGUUGGACAAUUGGUCGGUAUGCUCCAAGAUUUAAUGGCUUUCAGCAGCAUGAUUCACAGGAGUUUCUGUCAUUCUUAUUGGAUGGCUUACAUGAGGAUCUUAACAGAGUUCAUAACAAGCCUUAUGUCGAGCUGAARGACAGUGAUGGAAGACCUGAUGAGAUUGUCUCACAAGAGGCAUGGGAUAACCAUUUCAAGCGUAACCAGUCAGUUGUAGUAGACCUAUUCCAAGGCCAGCUCAAAUCUCAAGUGCGAUGUCUACAAUGUGGAUAUGUCAGCGCAAGAUUUGAUCCUUUUACUUUUCUUUCGCUUCCUCUUCCGAUGGAUAACUCUAUAUAUGUCGAGAUUGUUGUUGUACCUUUAAGUGGUGCUGUACCAACAAAGUAUGCUUUAUUACUUGAUAACGACGAUAAAUACAAAGCAAUCAAAAAAGGUCUGUCAAAACUGUGUGACAUUAAAGCAGAAAAUCUUCUUCUUGUUGAAGUAUAUGGAGCGACUGUCAAGAAUAUCCCAUCYGACACCAUCAAGAUUCGCUCAACUAUAGCUGGUUUUCUCUACGCAUAUGAAAUCCCACCAGARCAACCUCCAACUGUACAUAAAACAGAAUCACAAACUACAUCCAAAGAAAGAACUCAAGAUGUCGAACCUACUGUGGUACAGCAAAGCUCUCCUUAUAUCUGCCCAAUGAAUGAAUGUAAUGAGCUGGAAAAUAAGAACUGCAGUCAAAACUCUUCAAAUAACUCACUCAAAGUGGACGAAAAUUGGUUUAACGAUGACAACAAAAGGAAAAAGAAUUCAGGUUUAUUGAAGAAGUUCAGCCCUAAAAUACGUAAAAAGAUUAGCCCUAAAUUGAACGGUUCGUACAGUCCAGGGCGAAAGUCUUCGGAGUCUUCGGAGUCGUCCCAGAGCUCAGUAUCAAAUGCCGAUUCAGGAAUUGCACUCAUGAAUGGACAACCUACUAAUACUGUUCCUAGUGUWUCUGUCACGGAAACAAACCCAGUAUUGCCUAGCAAUACACAAGACUGUAAUUUAAACACUGGCGGAAGUAACGCACAAAAUUGCGUGACAAACACUUCGUUUUCUACGAACAGACAGAAUAGCGUGACAAACUCAGGGUUACCGAGCAAUAUGAGUGGUUCACUGACGCCUACUAAUAGUUCAGCUCCGUGUGGUUUUACAUUUAAUGGUUUUGCUGUGGCAAUUCACCGGAAAAUGAUGCGGCAAGAUGCAUACUUUAUGUCACAUCAGAAGAACUCGCCAAGUCUGUUUGGGAUCCCUGUGAUUGUUCCAUGUACAACACAAACAAAACAGAGUGAUUUGUACCAAGCAGUAUGGACUCAAGUAUCGAGACUGCUCAGUGCACCACCUCCUGGAGACAAAAACGCUAAAAAUGGUGAAACAGGAGAAUAUCCAUUUGAAUUACGUGCUGUCCAAAAAGAUGGUUUAACGUGCUCAUGGUGUCCCUGGUAUCGAUUCUGCCGUGGUUGUCCUAUACAAUGUAGUGACCAGGAAUAUGGUAACAGAUCGUCCUUCCUGGCAAUCGAAUGGGACCCUACAACCCUUCACCUUCGCUACCAGUCGUCAUUAGAAAAGACUUUUACYGAGCACGAUAGUGUUGAGAAAAGUCGAAAGCUUCAGACAGAACCUAUUGACUUGCAUGAAUGCUUAACGGCUUUUACUAAAGAAGAAGAAUUAGGGGAAGAUGAGCUUUGGUACUGCAACAAGUGUAAAAAACAACGGCUAGCGGUCAAGAAACUAGAAAUCUGGAGUUUACCGCCGAUACUGGUUAUACAUCUCAAACGUUUCCAGUACGUUAAUGGUCACUGGGUCAAGUCCAACAAGAUAGUUAACUAUCCUAUGGCAGGAUUUGAUCCAUCGGCUUUCUUAGUAAAACGAUCAGCAACAAGUCCUCACAAUUCAGUGACUACAGUAAAUGUUAAAAGUAAUGAAUCAGAUGAACGUGAUAAAAGUGAAGCAGCUGCAGGCAGCGACGUCAAGGARCAAUCACAGCAUGAUUCGUCUGACAUUGAAAGUAUCACACGAACGCCUAGUAUUCGAAGCUCAAGUCAAGUUGACGUCGCUAAUCGUUCACGGCACUCAUCAACCUCUAGUAUUAACUCCGCUAAAGCACUGACAGACGUUGAAACACACGAACAAAGAAGUCCUGUAGCUACUAGUGGUGAUUGCUGUGUUGAUCAACCAGUUGGUAGUCYAAGACCUCUUCACGAACAAUCACAUGGAUGCAAAGAAGUGGAUGAAAUUCGUAAUAGAGCAUCGUCAAUGGCGUUUAACACACCAACUUAUAAACUUUAUGCGAUGUCGUGUCAUUCAGGUGUCUUAGGGGGUGGUCAUUAUAUUUCUUAUUCUCAUAACCCCAAUGGACGUUGGUAUUGCUAUAACGACAGUAGUUGUAAGGAAUGUGAUGAAUCCAAGAUGCAUAAAGACUCGCCGUAUAUGCUGUUCUACGAACAAGAAAACCUCCAGACARGGAAAUUCCUUCCUAAAUUCAAAGACCAAACGCCCGAUACGAACAGUGACGAUGAAGAAUAUGAAAAUGACGUUAAAAGAAUGUGUACAAUUCAAUAACGCAUGGAGCGCACUUUGGUGAAAACCACAGGAAUCCCAAUUACGAACAAUGAUAAUUCCACAGGAAGCCCACUUAUAAAGUUUCCUACCACAGGUAUCUCAAUUCAAUUCAUUGUUACAGGAGAGUUUCCUGUGGUAAUAAAUUAAGACAUAAAACUGACAAAUAUGGAUGUACGUGUAKAAAAAAAUAUGUGGAGAGAAAAAUUCUAGUCGAAAUCUAGACUGAGGGCCUGAUUAUAUGAAGCGGGCUGACCCAGCUCAACGGGCUGGUUUCCCUGGGGACACAAAACAAAAGAAAUCAGCCCAGUCAACCAGGCUCUGAGACCUCGCUUCGAGGUCUCUUUCCAUGAGUAUUUCUGAAUAUGCACAUCCAUAUAUGGAAGUAACACGUCAUAAUAAGGGAAGAUGCCACAGGUAGCCCAAUGCAUGGCAGGUGGCCUUUAAGAAAUUGUAAAAUACUGACUGAAUAUUAUGCCAAAUGUAAAAUAAAUUGCAAAUUUCCAUGUCAAUAAGAUAAUACAGAUAUACACACGARUUUUAGCUAAAAUUAUUUUAUGGAUAUUUUUAUGACAAACAUUUAAUUUGUGUAGUUUCGCUAAAAAAACCUUCGCAUUCGCUGAGAAUUCCUUGGCUACAAAAUKUUAACCUCUGAAGUUGGAUCUCUUUUGGGCUAAUUUACUUGAAUCUUUUUCAAACUAUGAUAAAUGGAAUUGAGUGGUUUUCAAAAACAACAAAUAAUUUGCUAUUUAAUGAUUUAUAAUUUAAGAAGGAAAAGAAUCAAAUAAGCUCUCACUACUGUGUAGUAAUAACUGUGUAAAUUUGAUAAUGAUUUCUCGAAGUUCUGAAAACCACUCUUGCAUUUCGUCAAAGUCUGCAAGAGAGGGUAUUACUUAUUUACAAAUAGUUUGCAUGCCUGAUCACUGAAUCUUCAAUUUUAUAUCUGAACUAGCAGACAUGUAUGGAUUGUUUGAUUUAUAUAACAGUUUGUCUUGAAUAAAAACUUGCUAUUCUUUCGACUUGUGGCAUUAUAAUGAGAUUUUCAGUACUUGAUGCACGAUAUUUGAACUCUUCCUUGUCUUUUGUGCGGUAUUUUGGAGGCCUUCUUAUAAGUCUACACUUAAAAGCGAUCACAAUCGUGCAUUUGCUUUAAAUACAUAUGUAAAUAAUCUAGUAUUUAUUGUCGAUCAAUCAAAAUCCAUCUAAGAUGAUUAAGAAAACUUUUCAAGGCCAACUGACGGGGAAUAUGAGGAUCACGUGAUCAGGUCUGCUUUUAUAAUUGUUUCUAGCCAAUCAUAGAGCUUUGUUUUAAGGAUACUGAAAAUGGCUUUCAUUUUACUUUAUCAUUUUAACGAGUGUCAACACAAUUUAUCUUCACAAGCCCUUGAUCAAGUUGAUGCUUUGCGGGGUUGUUUUAAGGUAUAGAAGUCUACAGCAAUCUUUUAUGAAGAUUGUAAUCAGCAUCCUUCGCAGGAAACUAUUCGCUUUUUUGUCGCAACACAGAAAAUUAAGGUUAAAGCAAAGAACGCGGUUUUUCGCUUACGAAGGAGGCUGGAGUGUUAUCAAGAGCGAAAUUUGUAGAUACCGUUGUUAUCGUAAACCUUUGCAUGAAAACUUAUUACAAAUGCAUUGUUGCCUUGCGCAAAGUAUCUUUUUGGUCACUAUCCACGAUUGGAUAGACCUUUUCUGAAAUACAAAAUAUUUAGCAGCAUGAACAGCAUGAACAAAAUAUGUUUGUACUGAAACUAGACCACAAUGCAAUGCAAAACGCUAUCUAUUUUGCCGUAGUUUUGCACGUACGGACGUAUAAUAGUUCUUUCUGUAAACGUGUUUUACCUGUUAGUCUUUGAUCGUCUUCUAGUUUAUUUUGCUCGUAUGUUUGUUUUUUAAAUUGACUGGAUGUUUACUCGCAACGCACAACUAGCUGGCGUGGGUACAUCUUGACUGAGAAGAUACUUAAAAACAUACUUGGAAUUUGACGAUGAUUAUACAGCUAACUUUUGUCUCGCUAAUGACUUGAACGGAAAUAAAAAUGUGCAGUUCUAAAUAUUUUAAAAUAUUAUUUCGUUCUGAGUCAGGAGCGUCUUCCAUGUAGUUUCUCUGAUCCAAAUAUUCUGGGAUAUUUCUCAGCCGGCACCGUUUCGAUUCUUUACAGUCAUUGUGUGUUGUGCACCGUUCGACUCGAUCGUCGUCUUAAAGUAGUCUAAAAACGUAUUGCAAAAGACGAGUCACCAGAGAAGGAGACAAAAAAAAACUCCCCUCACCUUCUCUGUCCACACAGUGUUAGUGGAUCUUGAGGCAUUAGUUUCCAAACCUUAAGGUGAACGUGCCCUAAUCGCCUAAUACGAUAAGUCCGUUCAACAUUAUUGGCCCAAGUCCAUCCAAUAACCCUUGAAAUCAUUUCUUUAGUUUUACAAACAUGACUGGCUCAAAAUCAAAAAUUUUCGUUUGUGAAAAAAUCGUUCAAAGGUUAUUGGGUGUAUGUUGGCCUUUAAGGUGUCGACCGAGCAGGAAAUGAGUUGUAUAAUUUUUGUAAUUCUCCAUGUACGUCUAUGAUAAGUUUUGCUAGAAUUUCAUACGUAAAUCAGAAGUGAUGCAUUUCUAUUGUUCUAAAGAUGGGAAUUAAUAAACGAAACAUUUCAAUGCUUA